CUCUAGGUGUACUGGUCUCCGCGUGUGUGAGUGCUGCCGCCAGGACUUUGAGGUAGGGAGGUGCUGGCGCAGUGGAACUGAAGACCCAAACAUGGCAGCCCUAGAAGAAAGCUUCCCCCGAGGAGGUACGAGGAAGAUCCACAAAUCAGAGAAACCUUUCCAGCAGUUAGUUGAACAAGACAACUUAUUUAAUAUUUCCAAUGAAGAAGAACCCACCAAAAGGAAGAAGCAGCAGAAAGAGCCAGCAAAAAUUAAAAAGUUGAAAAUUGAAAAGAAAGCAAGCAAGAAGUCUAUAAAAGAGAAGUUCGAAAUCCUUAGUAUUGAGUCACUAUGUGAGGGAAUGCGGAUUUUGGGUUGUGUGAAAGAGGUAAAUGAACUGGAACUGGUGAUCAGUCUACCUAAUGGCCUUCAGGGGUUUGUGCAAGUGACUGAAAUCUGUGAUGCCUAUACCAAAAAGUUGAAUGAACAGGUGGCACAAGAAGAACCUCUGAAGGACCUACUUCGCUUACCUGAACUUUUUUCACCUGGAAUGCUGGUAAGAUGUGUGGUGAGCAGCCUAGACAUCAAAGAGAGGGGCAAAAAGAGUGUCAAGCUAUCUCUGAAUCCCAAAAAUGUCAACAGAGUGCUGAGUGCUGAGGUCCUGAAGCCUGGCAUGCUGCUGACAGGCACAGUGUCAAGCCUGGAAGACCAUGGCUACCUAGUGGAUAUUGGUAUUGGUGGGACCAGAGCUUUUCUGCCUCUGCAAAAAGCCCAGGAGUACAUUCGACAGAAGAACAAAGGUGCCAAACUGAAUGUGGGUCAGUACCUGACUUGCAUCAUUGAAGAGGUGAAAAGCAAUGGAGGAGUUGUUAGUCUGUCUAUAGGACAUUCAGAGAUUUCUGCUGCCUUUGCAACUGAGGAGCAAAAUUGGACCCUUAAUAACUUGCUGCCAGGGCUGGUGGUCAGAGCCCAGGUACAGAAGGUGACUCAGUUUGGCCUCACGCUAAACUUCCUCACGGUCUUCACUGGCCUGGUUGACUUCAUGCACCUGGAGCCCAAGAAAGUUGGGACAUAUUUCUCAAACCAAGCAGUGAGGGCCUGCAUUCUCUGCAUCCAUCCUCGGACAAGAGCUGUGCGCCUGAGCCUGCGCCCCGUCUUCCUGCAGCCUGGGCGGCCGCUCGUCCGGAUCUCUUGCCAGCACCUAGGAGCUGUGCUGGAUGAUGUUCCUGUCCAGGGGUUUUUCAGUAAGGCUGGGGCCACCUUCAGGCUGAAGGAUGGGGCUCUGGCCUAUGCCCGGCUCAGUCAUCUCUCUAAUUCUAAGAAAGUUUUCAAUGCUGAGGCCUUCAAGCCAGGGAAUACUCACAGGUGUAGAAUUAUUGACUAUAGUCAAAUGGAUGAACUGGCCUUGCUUUCUCUGAGGACAUCUGUUAUUGAAGCUCAAUAUCUUAGAUAUCAUGAUAUCAAAACUGGGGCCGUCGUAAAGGGCACAGUGUUGACUAUAAAACCAUUUGGGAUACUGGUAAAGGUGGGUGAGCAAAUGAGAGGCCUGGUACCUCCCAUGCACCUUGCUGACAUCCUGAUAAAGAAUCCAGAGAAGAAGUACCACAUUGGGGAUGAGGUCAAGUGCCGGGUUUUGCUUUGUGACCCUGAAGCCAAAAAGCUGAUAAUGACCCUGAAGAAAACCCUGGUCAUGUCCAAACUACCUGCCAUUACCUGCUAUGAUGAUGCCAAGCCUGGUCUACAGACACAUGGGUUCAUCAUCAGGGUCAAGGACUAUGGCUGUAUUGUAAAGUUCUACAAUGACAUCCAGGGACUGGUGCCCAAGCAUGAACUCAGUGCCCAGUACAUCUCUGAUCCAGAGAAGGUCUUUUACAUUGGUCAGGUGGUGAAGGUUGUAGUGCUGAACUGUGAACCAUCCAAAGAGAGAAUGCUCUUAUCCUUCAAGCUGUUGAACGAUCCAGAACCAAAGAACAAGAGUGUUGGAAACGGUCAGAAAAAAGGAAAAGUCGUUAAUACUGGGCAGUUGGUGGAUGUGAAGGUUUUAGAGAAGACCAAAGAUGGGCUGGAGGUGGCCGUCCUGCCUCACAACAUCCCUGCUUUCCUCCCCACACCUCAUCUGUCAGACCAUGUUGCCAAUGGCCCGCUGUUAUAUCACUGGCUCCAGGCAGGUGACACCCUUCACCGAGUCUUGUGUCUGAGCCAGAGUGAGAAGCAUGUUCUCCUUUGCAGGAAGCCAGCUUUGGUCUCCACAGUAGCAGGUGGCCAGGAUCCCAAGAGCUUCUCAGAAAUCCAGCCUGGAAUGCUGCUCAUUGGUUUUGUGAAGAGCAUCAAGGACUACGGUGUGUUCGUCCAGUUCCCCUCAGGUCUUAGUGGACUGGCCCCCAAAGGUAUCAUGAGUGACAAGUUUGUGACCACCCCAAGUGACCACUUUGUUGAAGGGCAGACAGUGGUUGCAAAGGUGACCAAUGUGGAUGAGGAGAAGCAGAGGAUGCUGCUGUCGCUGCGGCUGUCAGACUGCGCUUUGGGGGAGCCGGCCAGCACCAGCCUCCUCCUCCUAAGCCAGUGCCUGGAGGAGCUGCAAGGCGUGCGGAGCCUCAUGAGCAGUCGAGACUCUGUGCUGAUCCAGACACUGGCUGAGAUGACUCCAGGGAUGGUUCUUGACCUAGUGGUGCAGGAAGUAUUGGAGGAUGGUUCCGUGGUGUUCAGUGGGGGCCCAGUGCCUGACCUGGUUUUGAGAGCCAGCAGAUACCAUCGGGCAGGACAGGUGGUGGAAUCUGGGGAGAAGAAGAAGGUUGUAAUCCUCAAUGUUGAUAUGUUGAAGUUGGAAGUGCAUGUUUCCCUUUCCUGGGACUUGGUGAAUAGAAGAACUAAAAAGCUGAAAAAAGGCAGCCAGCAUCAGGCAAUUGUGCAGCACCUGGAGGAGUCCUUUGCCGUGGCCUCCUUAGUAGAGACUGGCCACCUGGUAGCUUUCUCCCUGACCUCUCACCUCAACGACACCUUCCGUUUUGACUCUGAGAAGUUGCAGGUGGGACAGGGUGUCUGUCUAACCCUCAAGACCACAGAACCGGGAGUGACUGGUCUUCUUUUGGCUGUUGAGGGGCCAGCUGCUAAGAGGACCAUGAGACAGACUCGGAAGGAUUCUGAGACAGUUGAGGAGGAGGAGGAGGAGGAGGAACCAGCUCUGGCUGGGACUCAGAAGAAGCACACCCUAGCUAUUGGGGACAUUGUCACUGGGACUGUCAAGUCUAUUAAGGCCACCCAUGUGGUUGUGACUCUGGAAGAUGGCAUCAUUGGCUGUAUCCAUGCCUCCCACAUACUAGAUGAUGUUCCAGUGGGCACCUCUCCUACUACCAAGCUGAAAGUUGGGAAGACAGUCACUGCCCGAGUGAUUGGUGGGCGAGAUGUGAAGACACUGAAGUUCCUACCAAUUAGUCACCCCAGAUUUAUUCGAACCAUCUUGGAGUUGAGUGUUCGGCCAAGGGAACUGGAAAAAAAUGGCCACACUGCUCUUGACACUUACUCUAUAAGCCCUGUGGAGAAGAUUAAGCAGUACCGGACUGGUCAGACUGUGACUUGCUUCUUAAAGAGGUACAAUGUCGUUAAGAAAUGGCUUGAGGUGGAGAUUGCACCGGACAUCCGAGGGAGAAUUCCCAUGUUGCUCACUUCUCUUAGUUUCAAGGUUCUAAAACAUCCAGAUAAGAAGUUUCAGAUUGGCCAGGCCUUGAAGGCUACUGUGGUUGGCCCCGAUUCCUCCAAGGCCUUCUUGUGUCUCUCACUCAUAGGUCCUCAUAAGCUUGAGAAAGGGGAGCUGGCCAUGGGCCGAGUGGUGAAGGUGAUUCCUUACAAGGGGCUGACUGUCGCCUUCCCCUUUGGGAAAAUGGGGAGAGUCAGUAUAUUUCACCUGAGUGACUCCUACUCUGAGGCACCCCUAGAAGACUUUGUCCCCGAGAAGAUUGUCAGGUGUUAUGUCCUAUCCAGUGAGGACCAUGAAUUGACUUUGUCACUGCGAUCAUCCAGGACAAACCCAGAGACAAAAAGCAAAAUAGAAGAUCCAGAGAUUAACUCCAUCCAGGACAUUAAGGAAGGGCAGGUCCUUAGGGGCUACGUGAAGUCUGUCCAGUCAAACGGUGUGCUCUUGGGGCUUGGCCCAUCAGUUGUGGGUUUGGCCCAGUACUCAUAUGUGUCCCAGUGUAGCUGGCCCAAGAAUGACCUUGAUAGCAAAUACCUCCCUGAAGGGAAGCUGCUUACUGCCAAGGUCCUAAGCCUGAACUACCAGAAGAAUCUGAUAGAGCUGUCGCUCCUCCCCAGUGAUACUGGGAAGCCAGAUGUGUUUUCUACCUCCCUGGAUCUGCCACUUCUGAAGCAAGAGGAGAGAAGAGGAGAGGCCAAGGAGAGGGACCAAAAAGAAGAGAAGGAGAAGAAGAAGAGUCAGAAAAGGAAAAAAAAGAAGAAGAGCCUGAAGGGGCAGGUAGAAGUGAAGCUACACAGCCAGGAGAAGAAAGAGCCCCAGAGACCACAGGGGAAGCAGGGCAAGCGGGAACGCCAGGAGUCUGAGAGUGAGCAGGAAAGAGUGAACAAGAAGCCAAAGAAGGCUGGUGCGUUGGAGGAGGAUGACAGUAGUGUGGAAGUUUAUUAUCGGGAGGGAGAAGAGGAGAUAGAGGAGCCAAAUGUGCUGCCCAAGGGGAAGCAGGCUAAACCUGCAGAAGUGCCCCGGCUGCAGCUCUCUUCAGGUUUCCUUUGGGACGUGGGGCUCGACUCUCUGACCCCAGCCUUACCACCUCGAGGAGAGAGCUCGGACAGCGAGGAGGAUGAGAAGCCACACCAACCCACGCAGAAAAAGAAAAGCAAGAAGGAAAGAGAGUUGGAGAAGCAGAAGGUGGAGAAAGAGCUGUGCCGCAUCGAAGAGGCACUCAUGGAUCCCGGGCGACAGCCGGAGUCAGCAGAUGACUUUGACCGGCUGGUCCUGAGCUCCCCCAACAGCUCCAUCCUAUGGCUGCAGUACAUGGCUUUCCACCUGCAGGCCACGGAGAUCGAAAAGGCCCGGGCUGUGGCUGAGAGGGCCUUAAAGACCAUCUCCUUCAGAGAGGAGCAGGAGAAACUGAACGUGUGGGUGGCAUUUCUGAACCUGGAAAACAUGUAUGGCUCUCAGGAGUCCCUGUCCAAGGUCUUUGAGCGGGCUGUGCAGUACAACGAGCCUCUCAAGGUCUUUCUCCAUCUGGCUGACAUCUAUACCAAGUCUGGGAAGUUGAAGGAAGCUGGUGAGCUGUACAACCGGAUGCUGAAGCGUUUCCAUCAGGAGAAAGCUAUCUGGGUCAAAUAUGGUGCCUUUGUUCUGCGGGGGAGUCAAGCUGGGGCCAGUCACCGUGUGUUACAGCGAGCCCUUGAGUGCCUACCUACCAAGGAGCAUGUGGAUGUGAUUUCCAAGUUUGCCCAGCUGGAGUUCCAGCUGGGGGAUGCAGAGCGAGGCAAAGCCAUUUUUGAAAGCAUACUGAGUACCUAUCCAAAGCGCACAGAUGUCUGGUCAGUCUACAUUGACAUGCUCAUCAAGCAUGGGAGCCAGAAGGAAGUCCGGGACAUCUUUGAGCGGGUCAUUCAUCUGAGCUUGGCCCCCAAGAGAAUGAAGUUCUUUUUUAAGCGCUACCUGGACUUUGAGAAGCAACACGGCACUGAGAAGGACGUGCAAGCAGUCAAGACGAAGGCCCUGGAAUAUGUGGAGGCCAAGAGCUCAGUGCUGGAGGACUAGUGGCCACUGGCUCCACCUGAAAUGGCCAACUCAGCCCCCUUGAAGUUCCAGGGCUCCUGGAAAACUCGUGUGGGGACACUAUUUAUGCGCUGCUUUUUCUGCAGCACCUUUGGGGUAAUCCUGUCAAGAUGAAAAGGAAUUUGAGGUUGUUUGGUUU